GUAUUGGUGACGUAUGCGCACAAGCACCUAGCAGAAUGUGCGCGUCCGCGGGAGGGCCCGGUAGAAAAUGGCGAGUCUGUGCAAAAGGCAGCAAUGCACGAUCGAGAGGCGCGGCUUUCGGCAGGAACUUGACUCGUGGCGACACAAACUCAUUCACUGUGUAGGGUUUGAAAGCAUUUUGGAAGGGCUGUUCGGGCCGGGACUAGUCAAAGAUCUUACCCUUUUUCAAGAUUGCGAGCCCGAGGGACUGUUGGAUUGGUCGUUUGAUGUAAAUUGUCUCUUUUGCUGCUUAAGACGAGAGAAAGUCAAGGAACACUUGGUUGGCAUCACCCCCCAGGUCUUAUCAGAGUCAGAGGACUUGAAACAGGACACGUCCAAAAUCAACCGCCUGGAGAAGCAAGCCGAAGAGUUCCUCAAUGCUGUCUUCUACAGAAAGGCAGACCUCCCAAGCUUCUCGGACCCCCACAUCCCUCUAGUGGCUCGUGAGAUAAUGCAGCGAAUGAUCCGUCAGUUCGCUGCCGAAUAUACCUCAAAAAACAGCUAUUCUCAGGACACCCCCCACCACCCCCAGCCCAACGGCAUCAAGGACCAAAGCCGCCUCCUGCCGAGAGCGGCCUCUCCAGCCCCGGCCCCCCUCGCCCUGCCGGGGGCGUCCAGCCCCCCGUCCCCCACCCCGGGACCGGGCCUCAGCCCCGCCUCUGCCUUCGCCCCGGACAGUGGGAACGGAGCCGGUAGUAACUGUAGUGGUACCGGUGCUGCUGCCUCUGCACAGAACCCCGUCCUCAGCAAGCUUCUCAUGGCCGACCAGGACUCUCCGCUGGACCUCACCGUCAAGAGGCCUGACCCCACAGAGACCAAAACAGAGGAUGGAGUCCUAGACCUCUCCACCAAGAAGGCCCACGGCACCGUCCUCAAAAACUCUCACAGUUACACCCUAUCGCCCACAGUCAAGGGGCGUGCCCUGAGAGUUGAGCACUCCUUUCGGGACGUGGAGGACGAUGACAUGCUGCCGAGAAGCUUACAGGACGGGCUGAGGGACAGCUACGUCAGUUCUACCCCCCUCAAGCCCCCAUUGGCCCAUUCGCUGCUUAAAAAGGAGGAGCUCCUCAGCCAGAAGCACCGCCUCCUCGGCCAGCCUCCCACUCCCUCAUUGACUAGUCUGGAGGCAGCGGGGCUUCUCAACCACGGGAACAAAGGGAACCACGUGCAGCCCCACCCCCUCCUGGCACGGGACGGCUCUCCUUGGGGUUCCUCCAGCGGUAAAGCCCACCACCACCAACUGGACAGCCUGCUGAGGCUGAAGCAGGCCAGCGCCAUCCUCUCAGACCUCCAAGACCUGCCUCUGUUCUUGGACAACCACCACCACGGGGCGUUCUCCUCCAAGAGCUCCUCCGGAGGUGGCCUCCGCCACCACCAUGGCUCCACCAAGACCCACCAUGAGGUGGUGGUGAAGAGGGAGCCGGGAGGCCACCACUCCCCGCCCGUGGACCUGAAGAUCCCCCAGGUGAGGGGCAUGGACCUGUCAUGGGACUCCCAUGCCUCAGACCUGUACGGGUACGGGGCCAUGGUGGUGGGCGCCGGGGGCCACGGUGGGGUGGAGAAUGCUUUGAGCAGGAAGCUGAGGGUCAUCCUGCCCAAGCACAACCGUCGUGCCGGUAGCCUGAGAGGCAGCCUGGGAGGUUUUCUGGAUGGGGCGGCAGACUACUGGAGCUCCGACGUGGACCAGGGGACCUCCGGGCAACCAUACCCGACCUCCGACCCCGAGGGCGACCCGUGCUCUAAGCAGCCCAGGAAGAAGAGGGGGCGCUACCGCCAGUACAACAGCCAGAUCUUAGAAGAGGCCAUCGGCAUGGUGAUGGGCGGGAAGAUGAGCGUGUCCAAGGCCCAGAACAUGUACGGGAUCCCUCACAGCACACUGGAGUACAAGGUGAAGGAGCGACUGGGCACACUGAAGAACCCUCCUAAGAAGAAGCUCAAAUUGACCUUGAGGAUGGGAGGACAGGAUUCCGCCGCCGAGUCAGAGACCACGCCAACCGCGACGCCGCGAGAGGUUGCGCCUCCGGAGGCCGCCGACCUGAACCAGGAGCAAAAAAUGAAAAUGGAAUUUGAAGAUUAACUGAGAAACAACGACGACGACGAAUCCUCCCCACCUUUCCCCUUAUAUAUGUAUAAAAACACCUUCACAUUAAGACUAAAGUCAUUGGAAACAAAUGGAGCUUUAUUUGUGCCAAUUUACUGUUGCAGUAUCUGGGUGAGCACAAGCGCAGGGAUAUGAGGAGGAUUCUAAAACAAGCUGGAGAUGAAAACUAAACCAAUCGGCUGGUUCUGCGGUUGUCGUUUUGACACUGCACAUUAGUUUAGCUUUUAUAUCAAGCGGCGAAACAAAUGCAUCAAAAGCCACGAGUGACGUGACAAUUAUUAAUUACAGUUUGUAAAGCAUGUUGAUUAUCCCCCCCAAAACCCUAACUCCCCCUAUUCUGAACUUGAUACACUGACCCUGCAUUGCUUUUAAAUGCAGUCCGGGCUGCGGAAAAAUUAGGGG